UGAUACUGGGCGGACUUUGCACUCCGAGGAAGCGGAAGUGGAGCUGGGUCGGUCCAAUCUGCUCCGGCUGCCACGUUGGUGGAGACGUGGACUUGAAGCACCGGCGGCCCGGGAGCUACAGGCAGAGCCGGAGCUCACCUAGCAAGGAUGAAACUUAAAGAAAUCAAUCGGACUGCUAUCCAAGCAUGGAGUCCAGCUCGACAGCACCCUAUUUACCUGGCUGCAGGCACCUCAGCCCAGCAGCUGGAUGCUACAUUCAGCACAAAUGCUUCCUUGGAGAUCUUCGAGUUGGAUCUGGCUGACUGUACCCUGGAUAUGAAAUCAUGUGGUUCCUUCUCUUCCCCACACAGGUACCAUAAGCUUAUCUGGAGUCCUCAUGAAAUCACAACGGGUGGCCAAUCCUCUGGUGUUCUAGUUGCUGGUGGUGAAAAUGGAAAUGUGAUCCUGUACAAUCCAUCCGAAAUUAUAGCAGGAGGAGAGGAUGUUGUGAUUGGACAGAAUAACACGCACACUGGUCCAGUUAGAGCACUUGAUUUCAAUCCUUUUCAGAGUAACCUUGUAGCAUCAGGAGCCAAUGAGUCUGAAAUCUACAUCUGGGACUUGAAUAAUUUUGAGACUCCAAUGACACCUGGGACCAAAUCUCAGCCUCCUGAGGACAUUAGUUGUGUUGCCUGGAACAGGCAAGUACAGCAUAUCCUGGCUUCAGCUAAUCCAAGUGGUCGUGCUGUUGUUUGGGACCUGCGGAAGAAUGAGCCAAUACUGAAAGUCAGUGACCACACCAAUCGAAUGCACUGCUCUGAACUGGCCUGGCAUCCUGAUAUUGCCACACAGAUGGCUGUUGCAUCAGAGGAUGAUCGAAUGCCUGUGAUUCAAAUGUGGGACCUUCGAUUUGCAACAUCUCCCUUGCGAGUGCUGGAAAACCACACAAGAGGAAUUUUAGCCAUUGCCUGGAGCCUGGCGGACCCAGAGCUACUUUUGAGUUGUGGGAAGGACAAUCGUAUGCUUUGCUGGAACCCCAACACUGCAGAGGUUGUAUAUGAGCUUCCAACGGCUACACAGUGGUGCUUUGAUAUUCAGUGGUGCCCCAGGAAUCCUGCCAUCCUCUCUGCUGCUGCAUUUGAUGGCCACAUCAGCAUCUAUUCUCUCAUGGGUGGGAAUCAGGAUGCACAAAGGCAGCGACAGGUUGACAAUAUUUCCUCUUCUUUUGGGAAUUUGGAUCCAUUUGGUACUGGACAAACCCUUCCUCCAUUGCAACUUCCUCAGUCCAUACCACAACCAAAUGCCGUGCUGCCUCUGAAGAAGCCACCCAAGUGGAUUCGUCGCCCUGUAGGAGCUACAUUUGCUUUUGGAGGAAAACUGAUCACGUUCCAAAAUGCGAAGCCCCAACCACAGCAGCAGCAAGAAGCUCCUUUCCAAGUGUUCGUCAGUCAAGUUGUCACAGAAUCGGAACUCCUGAACCGUUCCAAUGAAUUGCAGUCAACCAUUCAUUCAGGAGGCUUUGUAGAGUACUGUCAGUCCAAAGUUAAUGCUGCCCACACCGACUUUGAGAAGAAUGUUUGGGGGUUUUUAAAGGUAAACUUUGAGAAGGAUCAUCGCAGUAAAUACUUGGAGCUUUUGGGAUACAAACAACAAGAGCUUGCAGAGAAGAUUGCAACAGCAUUACAAAGUGGAGGAGACAAGAUUGGACUUCCAUCAUAUAAGGUAAAAACAAUAAAAAGCUUAACUAAUGACCUCAGAGCAAAGGAACCUGUUGAUAGCAACAACCAUUAUAUGACUGAAUUUGACAUCCAGUUUGAAAGGGAGAAGAUUGAGUCUAGGACUGAGCAAACUUCUCCAGCAACAAGAGCUAAAUGUUUUCUUGUUUUUUUUUUGAUAUUCUUUUGUUUUCAGGAUCUGAUUGAGAAAGUAGUGGUUUUGCGUAAAGCAAUUGAACUUACCCAAGGAACGAACAACAAUGGAGUGGGUGCUGUUCUAGCAGACAAGAUGAGUCAAUAUGCUAAUCUGUUGGCUGCCCAAGGAAGUCUGGCUGCAGCUUUGUCUUACCUGCCUACUGAUACAAAUCAGUUGACCAUCUUGCAUUUGCGAGACAGACUGUUCCGUGCCCAGGGUGAACAGGCAGCUGGGCAAGAAUCUGCUGCUUUUCCUCAUGGGAAGCAUCCAGUUCCAAGAGGUCAAGCAGGCUCCAACCAUUCACUUGCCCCAGGGCAGCUACAGCAGCAAGCACCUACCCAGCAGUACUACGCACAGGUUAGACCUGCCCCUACUGUUACAUCAUGGAGUAACCAAACUUCCACUGCCCUUUCCAGCUUUCCAUCAGCCUCUGCAUCUAACACACAGGGUGAAGCCCCACCACCUGGUUUCAUACUUCAGGGUAUUUCAAAUCCAAGUGGCCAGAUCCAAUCACCAGCUUCAACAUCAACUGUUUAUAACGUGUAUUCCCAAGUCGGAUCCCGCCAGACAUUCCCUCAAACUUACCAACCACAACAGUUACCCCAAGGAGCAGGGGGAUCAACUUAUUAUCAACCACAUCAGCCUUCUGCACCUCCACCUCCUUCUUCCUACCCGUCUGCAUAUUUGCCUUCUGUUCCCUCUCAUUCUUUGCCUCCUUCUGUGGCCCCUCCAUAUGCAGGACAGCCACAAACAGCCUCUACAGCACCUAGUUCUGCCUCUUCUUUUCCUCCUCUCUCUGGAGCAUCCUAUCAGCAUGGCGGACCUGGAGCUCCAGCACCUUCUGUGGGCUAUUCACCAGCAUCUGGACCAACAGGAGACAUGUAUUCUCAGGACCAAACUACUUCCUUAGAAGGACCUCAAAAUGGUUGGAAUGAUCCUCCAGCUUUGAGUCGGAUGCCAAAGAAGAAAACCAUGGUACCAGGCAACUUUACUCCUCCUGCACCUAUCACAGCUCCUAUAAUGAACCCAGUUGCAGACCCUCAGGCUCCAAUGCAGCAUCAGCAACCAACUCCUCCACUGCAGACUUCAUUCCCGACUCCCCAGCAACUUUCAAGUCAACCAGCAGUUCAAACCUCAUAUCAAGGAAUGAUGCAGCCAAUGAUGCCAAAGCAUAGCACUGAGGAAGCUCCUGGUGCUCCUACUGGUGACAUCAUGCAGCCAGUACAACCGGUAACCACUGAGAAAAUUGCCAAGAAACCCAUUCCAGAAGAGCAUGCCAUUCUGAAGAUUAUUUUUGAAGGAUUGAUUCAGCGGUGUAUGACUGCAGCUACCGAUCCUCAAACCAAGAGGAAGCUAGAUGAUGCAAACAAGCGAUUGGAGUCUCUGUAUGAUAAGCUACGGGACCAGGUGCUCUCACCAGCCAUAAUUGGUGGCUUACACAACAUAGCAAGGAGCAUUGAAACUCGGAACUACAGUGAGGGAUUAAACAUCCACACACACAUAGUCAGCACCAGUAACUUCAGUGAAAUCUCUGCUUUCAUGCCAGUCCUGAAAGUGGUUCUCACUCAGGCUAAUAAACUAGGUGUUUGAUUAAAUAAGCCAUGAUUGAGAAAAGAAAGUUGUGUACUUUAAAAAGUAAAUAUUGGCCAAACCUAUGUUGGUUUAGAUUAAAAUGAAAAUCCGAGCAAAGACCAUUUGAAUACCCAUAUAAUUAAUGGGGAUAAAUUUCAUUCCAUAUUGCAUUUUUUCGCUGUCUUGCCACUGUGCUUUUAUAUGAGGCAAACAUUCCAAUGUAUAAUCAGAUAAUAUGAAUUCAGUGGCAAUGCAUUCAAUCUUUUAAAUGUCUAUAUUGCCUGUUUUAAAAAAAAAUUGCCAUUAAAUUAUGUGACCUACAUAGGACAAAUUGAAUCCAUACAGUAUUGUAAUAAUCCAGAUGCAUGCAUUACUGAUCAAACUAGAAUACAGGUUUAUGUGCCACUAACUUAUUUUGUGUGGCAAAGUGUACUUUAAUGGAAAGAAGUGUAAAGCUUUGUCUAACACCAAUGCAGACUGGAAGAGUAUGCUGUAUGUACUGGAAGAAGAUACUUUACCUUAUGGCUUAGUCUCUGGAAGAAGUUGAAACAGCAGCUUGUCCUUCCCUGUGUUCAUUUUAUGAUUCAGAAGUACACCUACAAUUCAUCUUUUAAAUAAAGAUUAAUUUAUUACA